AGGACCUGGGCAUGAGGCAUCGCCUCUGGGUGUACUCGGGCCGGAGGGGUGUCCACUGCUGGGUGUGCGAUGACGCGGUGCGGAAGUGGUCCCCGGCACUGCGGGCGGCUGCCGUGGAAUACCUGACCCUGGUGAAGGGAGGAGCAGAGACCGUGAAGAAGGUGAACCUCUCUGAGCCCAUCCAUCCUUUUAUCAGGCAGUCGGUCAACGUGGUGGAGAAGUACUUCGAGGCAUACGCGCUGGUGGGCCAGGACAUCCUGGGCAGCCCUGAGAGCUGGGACAAGGUGCUGGCCCUCGUCCCGGAGGAGCACCGCGAGCCACUGCAGGGCGAGUUCCCCAAGAAGCGGGACUCGGUGCAGCGCUGGGAGCUGCUGAAGGGCAGGAUGGAGGGGACCGGGAGGAGCACGCCAUGCUACGCGGACUGGGAGAUCAUGCUACAGUACUGCUUCCCCCGCCUCGACAUCAACGUCAGCAAAGGCGUCGGGCACCUGCUGAAGAGCCCCUUCAGUGUCCACCCCAAAACAGGUUGCAUUUCAGUGCCACUGGAUCUCCAGAGGCUGGACCAGUUUGACCCAUUCACUGUCCCCACCAUCAGCUCCUUGUGCCACGAGCUGGACACGGCCGGCGAUGACAGGGAGCAGGAGGAUGGUGGGGAGACAGAGCCAAAGCGCCGUGUGCGAGACUACAAGAAGACAAGCCUGGCACCCUAUGUGCGGGUCUUCGAGCAGUUCGUGGAGGAGAUGGAGCAUGCCCGGAGGGGAGAACUGCUCCGGAGAAGUGACCUGCAAGGAGACUUCUGA